AUGGCCAACAUCUUAUUUCAGCUACGGCUGACACUCUACGCUAUCCUUCUUCUCCUCGUCUCCUUCUUCGCCCUCAUCAUUGGAUUAGUAUGUACCCUCACCGGUCGUAGGCUGAAUACGAAUUACUACGUAGCAAGGACGUUCUAUCAUGUAGCUGGACCUAUAUUAGGAUGGAAGUUUGAGGUGGAAGGUGAAGAAUAUCUUUGGAAAUUGGAAGGUGAAGGUGGUGGUCAGGCUGGAAAGAAAGGUAGAAGUAUGGUAAUGGUAGGGAACCAUCAAAGUAUGGUCGAUAUCUUAUAUCUCGGGAGGAUAUUCCCUAAACACGCUGCAAUAAUGGCUAAGAAGAGUAUAAAAUGGAUUCCAGGCUUAGGAUGGUGGAUGAUGAUGUCGGGAACGGUCUUUAUCAAUCGAUCAAACAACAAAUCUGCUGUCGCUAGUAUGACUCAAGCUGGAGAUGACAUGAAACGCAAAAGGAUAUCACUUUGGAUCUUCCCAGAAGGGACAAGACAUAUGUCCGCUGAAUCUGAUUUGUUACCUUUCAAGAAAGGUGCUUUCUACCUUGCUGUACAAUCUGGUGUACCUGUUGUACCAGUAGUAUGCGAGAACUACCAUAGAUUAUUUGACGGUAAGACUCGAUUCAAACGAGGCACUCUCAAAAUCAAAGUCCUUCCACCAAUCCCAACAACAGGUCUGACAGCGUCAGAUGUCCCAGCUUUGAUGGAGAAAACUCGUGAAAUGAUGGUCGAAACACUUAAAUCGAUAUCUUCCUCACCUACCUCGACACCAGUCCCGAUAUCCGAGUUGAAUUCACCUGCACCAUUGUUAGCUCAUCAGGAAGAAAGUAGGAAUGGUUAUUUCGCGACUCAUGCGGCCGACGAACAAGCUGUGGAGAAUGCAGUAGGAGAGGAAGAAGCAGAUUCAGGUAAAUCGAUUAAAUCUGUCAAAACGGGCGAUCAGAAAGAUACAAGUAAAGUAUCGGUCCAAGAGGAAGGCAACGUUGGGAAGCCGAAGAAAAAGAAUAGUAAUAAGAAGCUCUCUAUAGCAAUGAUAUCCGAUUUCUUUUUACCUGUUGUCGGAGGUGUUGAAGGGCACAUAUAUUCCUUGAGUGUGGAAAUGAUGAAGAGAGGGCAUAAGGUCAUAGUGAUAACCCACUCUCACUCUAAGAGAGUAGGUGUCCGCCACCUCUCACCAGGUCUUAAGGUCUAUUACCUCCCAAUCCUUCCAAUAUCCUCGAGCGCCACUCUCCCAAAUUACCUAUUAUUUCUCCCGUACUUUCGAAGCAUAAUGAUCCAAGAGCGUAUCGACCUCAUUCACGGGCACGGAUCCUUAUCUUCCUUAGCGCACGAAGCCUUAUUUCAUAAAGAUCUAUUUAAUCCUUCGAUCAAAGGGGUAUUCACGGAUCAUAGUUUGUUUGGGUUUGGAGAUGCAGUGGGAGUAUUGACAAACAAGCUUUUGGUGGGCGCGCUGAGGAAUGCCGAUGGUGUGGUAUGCGUCAGUAACACUGGUCGAGAAAAUACUGUAUUAAGAGCUCAAUUGGAUCCUGAACUCGUAUCUGUCAUACCUAAUGCUCUGAUCCCAGAGGACUUCACGCCAGAUCCAUCAAAGGCCGAUUCAGAUCAUAUAACCAUAGUGGUAAUAUCCCGACUAUACUAUCGAAAAGGUAUAGACCUCCUUAUAGCCUCAUGUCCACAUAUCUGUGCUUUAUUCCCCGAGGUGAGAUUUGUAGUUGGCGGAGAUGGACCGAAGAUGGUUGAAUUGGAACAGAUGAGAGAGAAGUAUCAAUUGCAGGAUAGAGUGGAAUUACUGGGAAGGGUUAGGCCAGGUGAUGUGAGAGACGUCCUGAACCGAGGUCAAAUAUACCUCAAUAAUUCUCUGACAGAAGCAUUCGGAAUAUCGAUUAUCGAAGCAGCUUCAGCGGGUCUGUUUGUAGUGGCUACGAAAGUAGGUGGUGUUCCAGAGAUCUUACCUGAAAAUAUGAUCGAAUUUGCCAGAGCAGAUGAAGAGGAUGUGAUUCGAGCUCUGACUCAUGCGAUACAUACGAUCAAAUCCGGGAAACACAAUCCGAUCAAAGCUCACGAGAGAGUUCGAACGAUGUAUACCUGGGAAGAAGUCGCCGAGAGGACAGAGAAGGUAUAUGAGAGAGCUAUGAACAGUCCUGCUAGAAGUACAGCAGAGAGGUUGUCUAGAUAUCUUGCCCUUGGACCGGUUUACGGCCCGUUAUUAUGUUGUAUAAUAGCUGUCCAGCAUUAUUUCUUUUGGUUUUUGGAGUGGUGGGAUCCCAGAGAAAGGAUCGAAGUGGUACAGAGUCACUGGGACCUCACUGAGUUCAAUCAGAUGAUUCAGAAGGAAACAGAACUUGCAUCUCAAGUCAAGUUUCCCCUAUGA